AUGUCUAACCCCGGUGAAUUAGAAAACGCUAAUCAGGCGGCAGCGGCAAGUGUCGCCGUCAAGCUUCCGGAUUUUUGGAAAAAUGAUCCGGUGAUGUGGUUCGCCCAGGCGGAAGCACAGUUCGCUCUUGCCAACGUCGUUCGCGAUCACACGAAGUUUUACCACAUCAUCGCCAAGAUCGACCAUUCGGUAAUCUGUCACGUAACCGAUUUGGUAAGCAAUCCGCCAAACGAGAACAAAUACGACGCAGUAAAAAAUCGUCUGAUUGCAAGAUUUCAAAUGUGUGUGCAAAGCAGACUCGAGCGGCUGCUAGCUUCCUGUGACUUAGGUGAUAUGCGGCCGACUUACCCGCAAAGAUGCAAGAGCUGGCCGCAGGAUUAA